UUCUUUCUCAUUUUCUUCGUUUUCAUUUUCUUCUUCAAUCUCAUUCAAUUCUUGUUUCCAUUUGGGGUUUUCCUUCUUCUCUUCAGUCUUUUCUUCAAUUAACCAAUCUUCCAAUUUAAUAUCCUUCUCAUUUUUAGAAAUAUUUUUGUUUAUUUUAAUUUCAAAUUUCCCAAAUUUAAAUUCUAAUCCAGCUGAAUUUAAGACAUCUCUUGCCUUUGGCAAUACAUAAUAAACACAAAAUGGAUUUAAUAUCUUUGCUAUAUUUUCUCCAAAUGAAUGUUUUAGUGUCCCACAAAAUUGAAGAAUUCGUAAAAAUUUAAUGACAGAUUCAGUAUCUUCUUCAUUCUCCUGAAGAAAAAAUCUUUUUAGCGAACAUUUUUUAUUAAGUAUGAAAAAUAAUAAUCCUGGACAUUGUAAAGGAAGGAAAUAGGAGGGAAAAAGCUUUUUUCAAAUGGAUAAAGUCUUUGUUUGUUGUUAUCUUAGGGGUAAAAUGGCCUAUGAAGAGUUGGUUGUUGUGCUUUUAUUUAGCACAGAAGCAAGAAAUUUUUGGUAUUUUUUAGCGGGUUCAGCUUCCUCGAGUGUUCUCGAUUAUGCAGAACAGAGGAUAAAUUCUCAAUUUUAG